AUGGGGCAACAAACGUUUUUCACCCACCGCUCGGUUUCAACAUUUCAUCGCGUCCCCUUUCAACCGACCGAUGAACUUUUUUUUGGCUCCGAUAAACCUCGCGAUAGACCGACGCCGCGUCAGCAGCCGAGCGCGUCGCACCCUCGCGCGCGCCCCACGCGCGACCACCGCCGCCGCGAUGUCCAUCGCGACCUUCACGACGCUCUCCGCGCUCGCGCCCGUCCGCCGGUCCGCGGUCCGCCGGUCCGCGCCGGCCCGCGUCGCGACGCCCCCUCGACGCGGCGCGACGCGCGACGCGCGCGCGCCCGUCGCGACGACGACGCGCGCGCUCCCGCUCGACUACCUCGACCACGCCGCGCCGUCGUCGUUCGCGUACCAGCUCGCGGCGAACGCGAACGAGCUCGUGGACGGCUGCGGCGUCAACGGCACGUGCGGGAACGUCGAGGCGCCGCCGUUCGCGCUCAUCGGCGGCGCGAUCGUGAUCUCGGCCGCGGUGCUCUUCUCGGUGCGCGAUGUUUGACGAGACGCCCUCUCCGCGCGACCUGA